GCUCUGCCCCACCGCUCCCGCCUCUAUGACUGGCGGCGCGUGCGCCCACGUGACGUUUUCAACCGCGCUGCGCGGGACCUGCGCCGGCAGAGAGCCUCCCGAGUUCGGGUCGCGGGAUGGGCUGUCGGCCCCGUGCGCACCGCAGGGUCUGUAAGCGCUGGCUGUGAGCUGGGCCUCUGCCAUACUGCUCAGGAGCAGAAAUGGAUUCCCCAGGCAAAGGGCAAUGGCUGACCCAUGAAGAAAUACUCACCUCACCUCCUUCUAUCCUUCAUUAGAAAAGAUUUAAGUAGACAUGGAACUUGAAAGAAUCAUUAGAGAGACACUGACGUGCUUCAUCCAGUCCCACAUCCCUGCUGCAGACCUCAGUGGGAUGGAUGAAGUUUUUUUCUCUUACAUUACGGGUGUCCUGGAAGAGCUGGGUUCACCAGAGUCCUCUGAGGAAACCUUCGACAUGGACACCUUUGUGGAAAUGAUGGAGGCAUAUAUCCCUGGCUUUGCAGAAAUUCAGAGUGGGAAUGUUUGUGAAAUGAUGUUCUCUCUCUCAGAAAGGCUUGGUGAAGCACGUAACAAAGAAAAACCUAGCCAAAAAGCUGUGGAAAGCAGAACAGAAGUGCCCUCUGAAGACCUGACCAAAGGCCAGGAGCCUGGAGCUGGAGUCUGCAAAGAUGAAAGGCUGUGCACACCUACAGACGGAGCUGGGGCCCAGGCAGGCGAUGACUUGAAGGGUGGUGUGGAGCUGCUACUGGAGAUGUUCCCAGCCUGUACUGUAAGCCAGGCAGAGAAGGCACUAGCGAUGGCCCUGGGUAACUUGGAAGAAGCAGUGCAGUUAAUUGUGGAAGAGAAGGUGGAAAUCGGCACAGCAGGUGCAAGUGUGAAGGAGCUGGUGCGGCCCCGCAGAGCACCCAACCAUGAGGAACUAAAGCAGGUUAUCUUACAGAAAUAUAUGAUGGUGGAUAGUGCAGAAGAUCAGAAAACACAUCGACCCGCUCCACCGAAAGAGGCUCCCAAGAAGCUGAUCCGCUACAUCGAUAACCAGGUGGUGAGUACGAAGGGAGAGAGGUACAAAGACAUAAAGAAGCCAGAAAGUGAGGAGAUGAAGAAAACUUACAUCAGCCUCAAACCAGCCAGGAAGUACAAGUUCCACUGACGGCC